CGGAUUCCCCUCUCGCAACUGCCAUUGCUUUCCAGAGCCACUUCUGCUGCUGCGUUCGGCUAAGAUCUGUUAAUGUAAUGCUAUUUUGAUCCUCACUUUAUCUAUUUACUGCUAUGGCUUGAGAAUCGCAUCAUACUCGAUAUCGACUUAUACUCCCCUUAAGGCCUGAAGUUCCCUGGCGUUGGCGCAACAAUGUCUUCGUCGUCCACUCCUUCCACUCCCACUCCCAUCUCUUCACGCAUACGGCCGAAUAUAGCCCUCAAAUUUGCCGAGCAGUCGAAGAAGCUCUCUUUAGGGCCGGGAAAGACACCCGAAGAGGGAGAAAACGCUGCGAUCGCCGCACAUUUCAUUAAUUCGCACGAUGCAGUUAUCGAGACGGAGUGCGGAGAGCGCCUCCCAGCAGUGCCAGCUGAGGAAGCAGAAAGGCUGAAUUGGCUUCGGGACGAAACAGUGGCUGGAUCUCGUCAUUCCCUUUCUUCGUCAGAAUCAUCACAUUCUCGCCAACAGGAAAUUCUAAAUGAAAAUGCCCAUGAGCCAGGUCCUUCGCCUUUUCAACGGCAAGGCGGUUCUCUUGACACUGCCAAUCCUCCAUCACGUACUCAUCCCCUAUUUCCACCGCUUCCGCUAUAUGGGCCCCCGUCCCGAUUACGAAAUUUACAAUGUCAAACCUUUCGCGUUGUGUCGUUUUUCUUUUCGAUGUCCUUUCUCGGUGUUGUUGUGAUCGGCUCUUGCUUUAGUGGACUUGGUAUCGGCAUUAAAAAGUGCUGGGAGCGAAUUCGCGGAAUCAACUCCGAUGUUCAUCGACCAUUUUACAAGGAAGAGAUGGAAAGAAAGAAGGCAAGGCGAAAGGCGGCAUUGAGAUGGAAACAGCAUAAUGACGACGUUGAGGAUGACGUGCCGGCUACGGAAUUUCCGCCCUUGGAAGGUGGUUACGACCCUGUUAUCUGUGAUAUUGGCUACUACGCGAGAAGAGUUGGUCUGGAUGCUGAGAAGUUCGAUGUCCAGACCGAAGAUGGAUUCAUUCUGUCGUUAUGGCAUAUUUACAACCCUCACGAGUAUACCCCUCUACCGGAAGCUGAAAGAGGUUUCCGGAAGCCGGAAGUAUUUUAUGAACAGAAAACAAAAGACCGCCCGGCAUCGAACCGUCGCUAUCCUGUCUUAUUAAUCCAUGGUCUUCUUCAAAGCGCUGGCGCUUAUUGUACAAAUGAUGACGAUAGCUUAGCCUUUUAUCUGUGCAAAGCUGGGUAUGAUGUGUGGCUGGGUAAUAACAGAUGCGGGUUCAACCCCAAACACAAGACACUAACAUAUUCCGACCCUCGAAUGUGGUGCUGGAAUAUUCGCCACAUGGGCACCCUGGAUCUCCCAGCUUUCAUUUCUCGGAUAUUAUACGAAACUGGGUUUGAGACCGUUGGCCUAAUCUGCCACAGCCAAGGGACCACCGAGGCAAUGGUUGCCCUCGCGCAAGAUCAACGACCUGAGUUGGGCAAGCACAUUUCUGUAUUUUGUGCACUCGCUCCGGCAGCCUAUGCUGGCCCAUUAAUUAAAAACAUGUAUUUUCGCUUCAUGCGCAAAAUUUCUCCCGGUGCCUUUCGACUUUUUUUCGGCAUUCAUGCAUUCGUCCCCAUCAUGAUGGCCAUGCACAAACUCAUUCCACCCCAUAUAUAUGGAUAUCUCGGUUAUCGAGUCUUUUCGUACCUUUUUGGCUGGACGGACACACGCUGGGACCGUGACCUACGUGCCCGUAUGUUCCAAUUCUCUCCAGUCUACGUCAGCGCAGAGAGCAUGCGAUGGUGGCUUGGGUGCGAUGGCUUUGCGGUACAGAAAUGCAUUCUAGCCACGAAAGAGCAAAACCAACGCGAAGAGGAAGAAGAUCUCGCUGUCGAACGCGGUAUUUCGGGAGUCGAAAGCGGUAUGGAGGACACUAAGGACCGAGCCUUGAACGCGUGGUACGGACCAAAAACGCCCCCAUUUGCACUUUGGAUCGCAGGUUCCGACGAUCUAGUCGACGGCAUGAGGCUACUUCGCCGAGUGCGGAAUGGUCGCGAACCACAUGUUAAUCUCGUGCACCACAAGGUCAUAGAGGGAUAUGAACAUUUGGAUGUCAUCUGGGCGAUCGAUGUAAUCGAACAGGUAGGCAGGGAGGUCGCACAGGUGGUUUGGCGGACUGUGCCUGACGAGGCGAGAAAAGUGUGUCGGGUACCAAAGGUUUGACACGCCGACAUCUAAAACUAGACGCUUUAAAACAGACUAGUCCAUUUUAUGGAUGUCAACCUUUCAAUAAAGUUACAUAUAUGUAUCCAAUGACGGACAAACUCGGACAGGCAUUUCAAAAUGUUCUUAACCUCUUGAAUUUAUCACAGCGAUAUUAAUGAUUAUUCUCUGUGUAUCCUUAAUUUUGAUAAGCUUUAAUUUAGAACCCCUGAAUAGCAAAGACGCGUCGAACAUAGAUAAUUGAUUUUUUUUUUUAC